AUGAGGCCCAGAAUCACACGAUACCCAGUCGAUAGAUAUUUGGUUGAAAACAACAAAAAAAUUGAAAUGGUUAAUAUCAUAGAUGAUGAGAUUUGGAAUUCGGAACCAGCUUUGAGACCUGAAGAUGAAAUAAUUUUGAAAAAACUUCACGACAUGCUGCAGUCUACCGCAGAUGAUCUUAAGCUGCUGUCCGGAGAACUCUCGAAAACUAAAGAACCAGGCUUGCAAAUCAAAUCGCAACCGGCGCCGCUAGAUGAGGAAUUUAAUGAAAAAGUUCAUAUUGAAGAAAUUGUAAAUGCAAAGUUUCAUGGUCAUAAAAUUAUUGAAAAACCAUCGUCAUUCUCAACUGAGUUGAAACCCAACAAAAAUUUAACUCAAAUGUCUAAGACUGUUAAUACAAGGACAGAAACUAAUUCAAUACCAACGUCGAAAAAACCUACUCUUGAUAAAUGCCUAAAAAUUACUAAACUAAAAGCUGUUCAAAUUAACGAAAAUAAUAUAAUGGUUUCUGAUGAAAAGAAAUUAGGCAAUGGCAAACCUAAAAAAAGCUCACCUACAGUGUUAUAUGAUGAAGUAAUUCAUAACCACAUGGAACAAAAGAAAGAACAGAAACAACAGUUACAAAUACAAAAUAUGCCCAGUAUAAGUAUAAGAAGCGAAUUGAAGGAGCAGAGAGUGCUUAAUUUGAAUAUUUCACCAGAGUUUAUAGAAAAUAAUGAAACAAAAACGAAUAAUGCUAAAAACAUUGGUGUUAUCGAGGUAUUUUAUGAAUCCAAGCAAGAACCAUAUGCAAUAAUAUCAAAGAAAACUUCCGAUAUAAACCAUACAAAGUGCCAAACGCAAGUUUACUUUGACUCAAAUAAAAAACCUAAUCGAAAAAUAUAUAAAAUGUCCACAUAUGACAGUAGCGAAUCUACUAACAAUCUUAGUUCCGAUGUCCAACAAAAAUUUCAUAGUAAAAGACAAUUCAAACUUUCAGCAAAAGCUUCGUCUAGACAUAACGGGAGACCAGACACUAAAAACAAAAAGAAUAUCCCCAAAACGAUAGAAAAGCGGACACAUUUCAAUAUAGAUGAAUGGAAAAAGAAAUUGAAUUCAAUUUAUGGACAGCCCUCAAGUUCUCGUGGUAGAGAUACGUCAAAGUCGAGAAAAAAUUCACCGAAGAAGUCUAAUGUUUCUAAAUGUAAUCUUUACUCUAACAUGUUAAACAACGGAGAAUACAUUCCAUAUACAAAGUUAACGUUGGGAGGAGUUAGAGUGAGUGACAUAGAACGUGAAAUAUGCGAUAUCCCAAACAAAAACGAUUUACCCUUGAGUCCAAUAUUAGACAAAAUACUAAGCAGCAGAGAAAAUUCUUUUUAUAAAGAUAGUCCAGUAAAACGGAAAAACAAAGAUACUUCAAAAAUUCUUAGUACUUCCGAUGAAAAUUUGUUACAUGAAGUCAUUGAUAUUGAAAAAACCAUUAGCGAAACUUUAUCUAAAGAAUUCAAAGAGCCCUCUAAUAACCUUUUAUCAAAUAUAGGCGCCAGUAACGACAGCUACGCAGAUGACUUUGAAGAUGAAAAAUCUGAAUCGAUCACGUCUUCAAAAGAUAUACAUGACUUGGGUAGCGAUAAAUCAGAUGAUUUUAAAGAAUCAAAUCAGAGGGACAAUACCAAUGAAAUCAACAAACAAGAAUUACCCUCUUUUAGUAAUCAAGAAGAAAAUUUACAAAACACGACAUACACAAAAGUUUCUAACCUGUCAUUUAAAGAUACUGUAGAUAUUUUUGAAUUUGUUCAUUCAGUCAAUACUCAAGAAACAGGGACACAAAGUAUUUCCGCUAGUAAAAUAUCACUUAAAGACAGUCAAACUUCUCCUAGAAAUGGAUCGACCAACAGGCAACCUAUACAUAAUGAUUUGAGGUUAUCAAUUGAUCCUAAAGGAGAGUUGGAUAAUUUAUUUCAAUUAGAAAAGGAGUUUAUAAAAAAGUUAAUUAUCGACGAAUAUGGUGAAUUCAUAGAAAAUAACAUAAUGAAACCUUCUUCUUCAAAAGAAAAACAAUACGAAGACAUAAAGAAUAAUGUGGCUGCAUCGCAAAAAAAUACCCAAACUUCACCAGCUCGAGUCAAAAGUGCAAUGACAUCGCCAACUAAAACGAAGACUAGAACUACAUCACCCUUCUCACUAUCACUCACCGUCGAUCGUCAAACGAGUCCAAUCCUGUUGGGCAAUACUGAGGAUUUGAAAAUUAUAAUUGACAAUGAGCCCGAUGAUCUGGGGAUUUCCAUUAAUCUAUCUUCGCCACGUUUUAGUUUACGUUUGCCACAGAAUUCUCGCGAUGUUCUUACAAAUUUAGAUAACUACUAUGAAACCUCGAGCACAAAAUCUAAAAUGGGAAAAAAAAGUAAAACGAAAGCUACGAAACCAUUUAUAAAGCCAGUCGACAGCUCCAGUUCGGUAGACGCCGAUCAAUCUUCAUCUGAAUUAAGUAGUUUAGGAGAGAUCAAAUUUAAACUGAAGAGAAAAAAUCGAACAACUAGAAUCCGGUCUAAUUCUGAAUGCAGCUCUUCAUCUAAUUUAUGCGAAAGUAAUUCUGAUAUGCUAUCUAAUGAAAUUUUACCGUUGAAAAGUGAAGGAGAAGUUAGUUUAGGCAAAGGAAGUAAGAAAGCAAACAGUAGUAGAGACAAACACAGUGAUGGGGAAAUGAAUUUUGGUUUGAUUUGA